CCCGCCAAACCAACAACAAACAUGGCGGCUGCCAAUGGACUUGGAGAAGAAGGUGCCAGUGGUGGAAAGAGGGUGACUCUUCCUCCUGGUGUCCCUGGGACUGCUCGAGGAGUCCUCGUUGUAUCAAUUCCUUAUCUUUUAUGGGACUGCACCACUCCCCCUCCCUCUCCUCUGGUCAGUGUUCAUGUUAAAUGGUGGGGAGACAAAGGACCUGGGAGGAUUGUUAGAAUUCCGAUAGUUUUUGAUAAGAAAACUCAAGACAGGGCCCCACCCACUAUUGAAUAUCCUGUAUGUUGCUCUUGGAAGCAUUUCAAAAACUAUUUAGAAGAUAUGAGUCAUCUUUCUCUUAGAAUUGGUUUGGGUCGCUCAGCGAAAGAUUUCUUUGUCAUGGGAGAAUGUAUUGUACCACACCUCUCCUCUCUCGCUGUAGACAGACCAGCCAUCAGGAUGUGUUCUGUAUUGACUGAAACUAGUGUUCAUUUGGGUCGUCUUAAGGUCACCUUCAAACUAAAAGAAAGAGAGAAACCCUCAUCGAAAUCACCAAAGAAAACCAUGCCCAUGUCAACACAGAAAGAAAAUAUCAGACACUUGAAACCCGUUUCAAAAUUUGCCCGCACCCAUCGAAUUAAUGACGAUAAUAAAGACACAGUAUUACUGGAGAAACCCAGUCCUUCAAAGAAGUGGGAGAAAGUGGGCACGAUUUCCCAGGCUCCUCCCAUUGCCCCACCCACUACUGAUAAGGCAUUACCAGUGUUUGGGGAACGGAGUAAGCAAAUGGUUGAGAGGUUACUGGAACGAGCUAAAGCUUUGCAAGAAAGUAUGAUUAGGGAACUUGAUAAAGAAAAUAAUCAAAAUAAUGAAAAUGAAAGUGGUGAAGACAUUCAGAAUGUGGAUGAGAAAACUGUUGACGAUAUUGAUUUGACUCCACCCAUAAGUCCCGGGAGUAUAAUGAGUUUUGAAGAACACCAAAAGGUCGGACUACUCAAACUAACUCGUGAUGAAAUAGAGCAAGAGAAAGAGGAGGAGCUUAUACUCCUGGAGCCACACCCAUACGAGUCACAUGACCACGAAACAAUAUCACAUGAUCUGUUACCAAACCCACAAAAUCAAGGAAUUAAAAAUUUGUAUCAUAAAAUGACGAAAAAAGACGAUCAUCACGAUACUUCACAGCCACGUGAGGAGAGGUCACAUGACCUCACUAAAAGUGGAGGAGAGGGCGUCCCUCUGUUGUACCACUUGUUACUGGAGAUAGACGAGGGGACGUCCCUUUUCCUCUCGUCCCAACCUGAUACUCUACCUAACGUUUAUUUAGUGUGUAGGUUAUACUCCAUGAAAGUACCUCUUACCACUGGAGUGAGCUGGAGGACUAGGAAACCACAAUUUAAUAUAAAACAAGUGAUCCCAUUAGUUCUGAGAGACCAUUCUCACAUUAAAGGACAAUACUUUAUAAUAGAGGUGUGGCAUCAUCAGAGAAUGGACUUACCAGCUGGUGAAUUGGAAGACGAAUUGCUAGGGUUGGUAAAGGUUAGUCUGGACAUAGCCGGUGAUGCUUUGGAGAGUUUAAACAAUCAGAACAAUGAACUGGACUGUGUGUUUCCAUUGACUGUUGUUGACUCCUAUUGUCCAGUGUUGUGUCCAUUCACUGGAUCUGUGUCUGGUUAUAUUCAAUUAUCAUUGAUCAUUGGGACACCAUCACAACUACCUGUAACUUUGGGUUUGUCUAGGAAGAAGCUGGUUCCUUCUACUCAAUUGGACCAAAAGGAGCUACAGCCAUUACUGACGGUUUAUAAAGAUGGAGACUGCAGCAAAGGGAAGAAGUCGAAGAAGACAAAGAAGAAAGAGAAGGAGAGAGAAAGGUCUCCGAUCAAAUCUGAUCACACCACCGAUAUGUUGAAGGACACAGGGGGCCAAGGGGAGGGGGAGGAAUCAGGGGGAAUAGAAUUUGAAAUAUUAAUAUCACAGGCGCAUCACUUACCGCCUCUUUUAUCCAGCGACACAAGGUUUGAGUAUCUUCCAAGACCAUACGUAACUUGUCACCCUCACCCCUCAGUCUCUAAAGUGACCACACCCACCUCUCGUGAUACCAGGGACCCUCGUUGGGAGUACCCCUGCCUCACACGCCUCCCUCGGUCUUUCCUUGAGUCCUCCUACGGCAGUAGAGAGCUAGAGUUUCAAGUUUGGAGUCUUCCGGAAAGAGGCAAUGAAGAUGAUACUCAGAGAUUAAUGAGAGAUGCUGAUCCUUAUUCUCAUGUUUUCAUUGGAAGAGCUUACGUUGAUCUUUCUCCAUUGCUCUAUGGUCUAAAGACACUUUGUGGCUGGUACAACAUUAUUGAUCUCUCCGGAGACGUUAGAGGACAAUUAAAGGUAGCCAUCACUCCAAAAGAGUUUAUUAAUAUGCCUAAAGAAAUGGGCGGAGUUUUGGGCGGAGUUGGAGGGAGUAUAUGCAGCACACAUUGGUCUUACGUGUCGUCCAGUGUCCCUCUACCUGUGUCUGGUUCUUGUGUCCCACUUCCUUCGUCCAGUCAACCACUGCCAACGUCCAAUGUACCCAUACCUGUGUCCCACGUGACUGAUUUCUCUUCCAUACUCUCCCAGAUUGACGACAAACGAGACGAAGAUAAAAUCAAAGAAAACCUUUCACUUUUGAGGAAACAUUUAAAGUUGCACGUUGAAGAACUUGAUUCUAUUCGUGAAUCAUUACUCAAGCGAUUGGAAGACCCUACCUCAGUAGAACCUACUGCUACCACUACUGGAUCAACAACAAAUCACUUUAUAGCAAACUAUAGCUUAACUAAAGUUAAUGAUAAUGAAGAAGGAAUCUUAAGUAAACUGUCACUUACUACUGAUAAUAGUGACAGUUUCUUAGUGGGGACCUUUGGGGAUGAGAGAACUAAUCCAAAGGAGAGAGAGCCUGUACCUGUCAGUAUUGAGGCUGCCUCUAUGGAUUCUGACAGCUCUAGUGAUUUGGAACUAACAGAUGAUGAGAAAGAAAAGAAUGAAGAGAACCAAAAAGAACAGAGCAAUGCAACUCACUUGAACACAUCUCCUUUAAAGACAACACACUUGAGCCCAUCUCCUAGUAAUCCUCCUUCAUUGGAUCAUACUCCUAGUGAUGUCCUUACUCAUCAUAACAUUACUUUAGAAUCACCUUCUCCUCAACACCAGUCACUUACACUGUCUCCUACUCGACCUCAUAAGUCAUCACCUCUCCUUAGACCAGUAAGGUCUCCCUCUCCUACUAGUUAUUCAUCACCUCUACACAUACAUCAAACAUCAUUAUCACCAACUAACCUUCAGCACUCCUCAACUCUACAUGAUGUACAACAAACCUCACCAUCACCAAUCAACCUUCACUCAUCUCCUCUACGUGUGUGUAUACCACCUCCUUCACAUAGCUCACCAGCCUCACAUGUCACACCAUCACCAACUCCAUCUCCUGUUACUAAUGAUGACACUGUUGAAGAAGAAGGAGAAGGAGAAGGAGAAGAGCCUUUUGAUAAAGAAUUAACAAUCAGUAGUAAUGGAGAGGAGGAAAUACCUGAAGAGGAAGAAGAGGAGGAGGAAAGAGAAAGGGAGAAUGAGGAGGAGGAGGAGGAGGAACAGAGAGAAGAGGAAGGAGUAAAGGAAAGUGAGGAGGAGGAGGAGGAGGAGGGAGAAGUAGAAGAAGUUAAAGGUAUUGUACUAAAUGAGUCAAUAUUAGAUGAGAUGCUUCAGGAUAAAGAUGGAGUUAAUUUAAAUGCUAGCAUUAAUACGUCUUCUUCUCUUUCUCCUUUGAAGAAUGAACUCAAUCAUGAUGAAGAUGUAUCAACUUUAGUCAACUCUCCACGAGUGAGAGUUAGGGAAGAUGAUGAAUUGAAUCAGACACUUUUAUCAUCUGAUCUUGAAGAAAGAAAUGAAGUUCAAAGAAUCCUUCAAACACUCUUAAAGAAGCCACCCAAUGAUGAUGAUAAUCAUUCCUUAAGUACAGAUGAUGGAAGAGAUGAACAGAUACUUCACAGUAUCAGUCCUACACUUGAUACAACUGACAGUACAACAGUAAAGGAAGAGCUUGCCUUGGGGCAAUGCAGUGAAAAUGAUAGUCUCUCUGAAUCUGAUGAAUCUUUAAAUGAUGAGCUUCAAGACCAUUGUCAUCAUAGGAGGAUUGACAGAGACAAGUUACCUGUCUAUUACAAACCUGAGCAAGAACUGACAGAUAAGCUGAGGUAUCUCAGAUUGCUUGCUCUCUCUCGUGGCUCUCCAAAAAAACUCAAAGAAGAAGAAGAGGAGGAGAGAAUUGAACUAUUGACAGAAAAUGCCGGACAAGAUGAGAGAUCAAAAGGAAUGAAAUAUUGUAAUUAUCCACUUGUGACAACUCCAGAGAGGGACAGACUCCAGCGUGCUUUCUAUAAUCAGGACCAUUAG